CCCUCUUUCUGACGCUCGCCCAAUCAGCGUUUGACAAGCUUCAGGUAGAGGAAGUUGUUGACAUCCGCGGCUGAUGAAACGCAGUGUAAUGCGACAUUUGUAAUUCCCGGAACGGAAUCGGUUACUUGUGUAUUCACCUCACCGACCAUGGCACUGAAGGGACUGCUGCUGCUUCCGCUGCUGGCUGUAGUGGUCUGUGGAUGGAGCCCGCAUGAUCGAGUUUUGCUGAAGGAUAUCCAGGCCAUCACAUUAUACGCUGACAGAUACACCAAUUCACGGAGGGCAGCUCCUAUCCCACAGCUGAAAUGCAUCGGAGGUAGUGCUGGCUGCAGUGCCAUGAUACCACAAGUGGUGCAGUGUAACAAUAAAGGAUGGGAUGGCAUCGAUGCCCAGUGGGAAUGCAAAGUGGAUAUGGACAACGCUUACAGAUUUGGGAAGAUAGAGGUGAACUGCGAGGGCUUCGAUUAUCCUGAAGAUCCAUAUGUCCUGCGUGGCUCUUGUGGGCUGGAGUACACUCUGGAGCUUACAGAGGAAGGACGGAAGAGAUCUCAAAGUGACCAUGGCUCUACGGGAUUUGGCUCUGGAUUUUUCCAAGGGAAAUCAAGUGGCUGGAACGCUCAACAGUCUCCAGAUGGCAGCGGGGUCAUUGUCUUCUUGGUCAUUCUGGGGCUGGCUUAUGGUGUGUACAAGUUAUUUUUGAGUGGGCCUUCAGGUCAGCCACAGCAUCCUCACCCUGACAAUGGACAUGACUACCAAAACUACAGCCAGGCCAGCGCACCCCCACCUCCAGGUUUCAAAUCAGAGUUUUCCGGUGCUUCAUCUGGAUUUGGUAACUUUGGAGGGGCAUCCUCCUUUGGGGGACAGGCAAGCCAAGGACCUGGGUUUUGGACGGGCUUGGGAACUGGUGGUGUGCUUGGUUAUCUGUUUGGCGGUCAGAGGUCUAGGACACACUAUUCAGCAUAUACACCUCACCACAACACAUGGGGUGGACCUUCAUAUUCUGGACCUGUUCAUGGAGACUCUCGGCCAUUUUCCAGUUCUGGUGUCAGAACAGCAUCAGGUUAUGGAGGUACAAAAAGAAGAUGAAGAAGCAAAGCAUCAUCCCCGUGUGUAAGAAUAAGAAGGAUUGGAUCAGGACUACUAUAAGCCUGUGCUUUAGGAACACAUACACUUUGUAGAGCUGGUGUUUGUUACAUUGUGUGGGGUGGAUUUAUGUGGUAUUUUUUUCUUUUGUACUGUGACAUAAAUGAGUAUAUAUACAUAAGGCUUUAUGUAGAGUCUACCCGCUAACAGUAUAUUUACUACUGGGCACACUGGCACAAUUGUACAUUUCAUUUCUAUAAAAUGGUUGGAGUCAAUAUGAAUUUCAGUGCAUUCCAGUCAUCCAAUGACUUCGAGACCAAUAUCUACAAAUACUAUAACCCAUCUACUUACUUUAUUCUGUUAUAUACAGUGGAUAUCUCGUCACAGAUCACAUUUGGUACUUCCUUUCAAGAUUUUGCUUAAAGGGGUACUCUGGGAUAGAACUUUCCUUUAAAAUCCUGCCCAGCCGCUCCCCCGAUUCAGUAUCCUGCUCCCAUGCUCCGGUGUAGUCUUCUUCCUGGUUGCUGGGGAUUGACUCCUCACACUGCAGCUCAGCUAAUCGGCAGCAGAGGUGUUGUCCUGCCUUGGCCAGUCAUAGGCUGAGCGGCAGUGUGACAUACUAGGCCCUGGAAAAAGACUGCACCGAGGACGGGGGUAGGAUACUGAAGGCCUAAGGAGAGCAGCAGGAGGUAGAUCCAGUUUUUUUGUUUGUUUUGUUUUCCAAGUGCUGGCAGCUGGGCAGGAUUUUAAAGAAAAGUUCUAUCCUGGAGUACCCCUUUAAGUUUUAUAAAAGAUAUAAAUAAAUAAAUAAUAAUAAGGAUUUUAAAACAAAGUAAGAAUUUUUUUUCUUUAGUUUUUCCAGGUAUCCCUUAAAAUCACAGUAAAAAGUACCUUUUUAUAGUAACCUGUAACUGGUAACAGGGUGUAUAAACCUUAAGGGUUUAUUUAAAUGGGCACUGUCAUGAAAAUUAUUUUUUGAUAUGUUGUAGUACUCAAGUACUACAACAUAUCUCUAAUAUACUUUUAUUAAAAAAAAUGCUUUUAAAACAUUUUAAAAGCAAUUUGAAAUUCGGCCACUAGGGGGCGCCCUCCUAGUGGCCGAAUGCAGUGCGGAGUGACGUCACUACAAAAUUCCGACUGAUUCCGGCAGGGCAUCAGUCGAAAUUUUGCGCAGGCGCAGUAACAGCCAGGGCUCCGCAUCGGCUUCCCGCACUCGCCGACGGCCCUGCUGCAAGGUGCGGGUGGCGCGGGGGGUUGGCUGCUACAGCAAGGUGCGGGAAGUGCUGCUGCAAGGUACGAGCGGGAUGGGGGGCGCUGCUGCAAGGUACGAGCGGGAUGGGGGGCGCUGCUGCAAGGUACGGGGGGGGGGGGGGGGAUGGGGGUUGUUUGGGUUUACUUACCGAGCGGCAGGAAGAGUCUCCCCCGCACCCGUCCCUCCCGCAUCGGCUCCUGGCUCACUCCUUCCCCCAUGAAUCUCCUGUCCUGGGUGCCUCCAGUUGUUUUACCACUACAACUCCCAGCAUGCCCUGACAGCCAAUAGAUGUCAGGGCAUGCUGGGAGUUGUAGUGGUGAAACAGCUGGAGGCACCCUGUUGGGAGAACUAAGGGCGGAAGUCCCCCCCGCAGGCAUCAGUGGCGUGGUGCCUGCUGGGGAAGUCUGCCUGGUAGUGAGCACACUACCAGGCAGACAAAAUGCCAUUUUAAAAAUAGUAAAAAAAAUUAAUAAAGGCAGGGAGGGUGUUAGGGAUAGAAGUGCAAUAGGCAGGGACAGAAAAAAAAAAUAAUGAUGGUGGGAGCUACCCUUUAAAAGUUACAGUAUCCUGCACAUAUUUGACGCGCAGGAUUUGAAGCUGCAGAUUUGAUGCUGUGUUCAGUCAUUUAGUUAACAUUGAAACUUCAAAUCCUGUGCAUAAAACCUGCGCAGGAUACUAUACGUGUGGCUACACCCUAUGGGUAUAUAGGAAUCCUCACUUAAAAACGCCACCGCGGAAUUUCCUUUUUUUAUUUUUUUGCUGGACGACAACCACCAAUUCGAAUUUUUUUUUUUUUUUUUGCGUGCGGAAUUUCUGUGUGAGAACGCGUUCGCGGAAAUUUUGAGCAGAUCCCGCAUAAAGAAAGAACAUGUUCAUUCUUCAUGCGGAACGGAAUUCCAUGUCAGAAUUUCGCAUGCGUACAUUCCAUUCACAUCAAUGGGGUUUGGCACUGCUGAAUGAAUUGGAGAGGAAUAAGCGAGCGGAAUUACUUGUGUAAAAUCCUCUCCAAUUCCUCAGUGUGAACAUACGCUCAGAGUGUAUUCACACGUAUAGUAUCCGGCACAUAUUUGAUGCACAGGAUUUAAAGCUGCAGAUUUUAAUGUCAACCAAAUGACUGAGCACAGCAUCAAAGCUGUAAGUUCAAAUCCUGCGCAUCAAAUAUGCGCAGGAUACUGUACGUGUGAACAUACCCUAAAGGUAGGGUCACACGUUCUGUAAUUUCUGCAGCUUAUUUUGCUAUGCAUUGACUACAAUUGGUAGGAAAAUAUGCAUCAUUUAGUACGAAACAAAAUACAGCAAAAAGGUUUUCUGAGAGUAAAAAAUAUUGACCGAGCAACACUUGACUACUUGACCACAUACAUGGAAAAAUAUUAAUACUGUAUAUCUCAGAUGAUUAGUAAAUCAGUUUUUUUUUUGCCAUAAACUCUUGUCCAAGGGCUGUGUCUGGUAUUUCGGGUCUACCCUUUUUUAGCUGAAUUGAGCUGAACUAUAAUACCAUUCCCCAUCUAUGAAGAAGAGUGGCACUGUUUCUUAAAACAAAAAACUGAACACCUUUUUUGUAAUGCCAUACACCCCCUUUAAGGUUAAUUUGCCUUCAAUUUUAUUUUAACAUUACAGCUAUUGUAAAUUAUGAUACGGCAUUUGCCAACUCUGGCCUGGGGCCCCCUUUAGCCUGCACUAUUCUAUUUAGUAACAAAAAGGUUGAGGUUGUCCCAGCUAUUUUAUAUGUAAGCAUACAUUCUGUAUCUCACAAAUAUGAAAAAGAGGGAUAUGUAAUUCAGCUCCCCACUCUCAAUGUGUAGAAAUGUCUGGUUGUUAAAGUCCUGAAGAGCAGGGAAGGCAGGUAGUGGGCCGUAGUAUCCUGGGAAUGCAGCAGGGGGAGAGCAAAAAUGGACCUCCACCUCUUCCAAGGCGAGUAGCUAUAAACACUUAUUGUGUGAUGGUUACAAUCAAGUGGAUAUCCAAAAAAACAAAAUGAGAUGAGAUUAAGAGAAACGCCAAAGCAUCUGUAUCUCAGUUUGGCCUUACCAAUGGUCUCAUGCAGGAGGACUACUAGGGAACUGUUCCCUACAUCAGUUAUUCCCAACCAUGGAACCUUGGGGUUCCUUCGAGGACUGCCGAGGGUUCCGCGGGCUCCAGCAGGCACAUUUUAUUUUAUUUUUUAAAUCUCCCGCCCGACCUACGCACCUGUGGAUCACGGCGGCCCGCGUUCGCAUUGUGUGCACCCGGCUCCCCGGAGGACUGUUCCCGGCUCCCGCGGUUUCUACCCAGCCCGCCUGAUUCUACACGGCCCACCGAUUGUUCCCGCCCCCCCCCCCUCUGCAGAAGGACAGCUCAGCUCUGCUUAAUUAGGUUUGUGCACCCUCUCCCCUCUGUCACUCCUGUCCACUCCCUUUUGUCACGCCUCUGUUACUGUCAUCCAUGUCCACCUUGUCAUCCAUGUCAACCUUGUCUGCCCCUGUCACCCAUGCUCACCCCCCCCCCCCACUAACCACCCCCAAGUCUACCCCCCAUCACCAAUGGUCAACCCCCACUAUUCACCCCUUUGUCACCUUUUUUUUUUUUUUGCUCGUCAACUUCUCCGUGAAAUAUUUUUUUUUUUUUAUUCGAGAGGUUCCCCGAGCUGAAAAAGGUUGGGAAACAUUGGCCUACAUCAUCUCAUAGGUGUUUGAUAUACCGUAUACCACAAGAACAACUUGUACUCGAUGCUGUCCAUGCCCACUCCAUGAGAUUUACAUACAUUUCUAUUAGCAUGAUGCUCUCAGGAAUAUUUAUGGAAAACAUGAAGAUGUUAACACUUAAUGUCCUAUUUAUAGAGUUAUAUAGAAAGAAUUGCACUUUGAAUCCUCAGUGAGUUGCUAGUGACUACUAUAGUACAUACUGGAAUGCUUGUGUUCUUACUAUGAUGCUGAGUAAUAAUGUGAAGUGCAUGUUUAGACCUGUUAGUUUUUGGAUCAUUUGCUUGAAGUGAGAUUAACGUGAAUUGUUCUGCCUCAAAGAUUAAAGCUGUGGUAAAUAAAAAA